UCUUCUGAUUGGUGGAAACCAGCAGGAAGAGAGCUCGGGUCGUGAGCUCUGCCAAGUUCGAGACCGACCAGAUAACUCUACAAACCUACACCCGCCGCAGUCUAUCCCUCCAGGCUACUAAGAAAAUACCGCGCCCGGGUCUUUGCAGCCUUUUUCGGAGUUGCAGCGAGAUCAGGAUUAAUCUGCGGACACUGCUGCCGCAUUUGAGGAAGAGUCACUCACUCCAAAUAUUCCGGAAAUACAGCGCAGAGGGCAUCGGUGUGAGGAUGGCUGCGUACAAGCUGGUCCUGAUCCGCCAUGGAGAGAGCUGCUGGAACCAGGAGAACCGCUUCUGCGGCUGGUUCGACGCGGACCUGAGUGAGACCGGGGAGCAUGAGGCGAAGAGAGGAGGACAGGCGCUGAAAGACGCUGGCUAUGAAUUCGAUAUUUGCUACACCUCUGUCCUGAAGAGGGCCAUCCGCACCCUGUGGUUUGUUCUGGACAGCAUCGACCAGAUGUGGCUGCCCGUCCACCGGACCUGGCGCCUCAAUGAGCGUCACUACGGUGGCCUGACUGGGCUGAACAAGGCUGAAACCGCAGCUAAACACGGAGAGGCCCAGGUUAAGAUCUGGAGGCGUUCCUUUGACAUUCCUCCCCCGUCCAUGGAUGAGGAUCAUGAUUUCUAUCAGAACAUAAGCAAGGACCGGCGUUAUGCCGACCUGACCGAGGACCAGCUUCCCAGCUGUGAGAGUCUCAAGGACACUAUCGCCAGGGCACUGCCCUUCUGGAAUGAAGAGAUCGUUCCACAGAUCAAAGAGGGAAAAAGGGUGCUGAUUGCUGCCCAUGGCAACAGUCUCCGGGGCAUCGUCAAGCAUCUGGAGGGUAUGUCAGAAGAGGCUAUCAUGGAGCUGAACCUGCCCACAGGUAUCCCCAUUGUGUACGAGCUGGACAAGAACCUGAAGCCUUUAGGACCCAUGCAGUUCCUGGGAGAUGAGGAGACCGUCAAGAAGGCAAUGGAGGCUGUAGCUGCUCAGGGAAAAGCCAAGAAAUAGAUUAUCUCCCCCACCCCCCCGAUGGGCUUGAGUAUAGAUCAAUCAUCUGCUGUUAAGUUAUCAAGUUAUUACAAGGUCAUUUACCGUUACUGUUGUCAUCACAGACUUGCGCACACACAGACAUACAAUGUACACUUUAUUUUGAUAAUACCCAGCUUUCACACAGACAUACAAUCUGAAGUUUGAUUUGAUUGGUCUUUACAUCCUGAAACAUACAGUUCAUAAUUAGACAAUGGAUAUCAGAUGUAAUAUGGUUUAAGCACUGACCAAAAUGCAAAAUUAGGGACCAGCGAGAGGAGCAAACAUAGACUAACCCUGCAGAGUCGUUCCCAAGUAUUCCUUCCUAUUUACGAUCCAUGUAGGUGAAGCUCAGAGGGAACAGUAUAGUCCUUAAAGUAACACUGGCUGUUGUUAAAGUUGAUAUGCUCUGCACUGCUGAUUUCUGUUUGCUGUGGAAUUGUGAAAAAAUGAAUAAAUGUUGUGAACAAUUAUGUGAUGAAA